ACAAAACUGGAAUGGGUGGGAACAUCGUCUUCCCCUUCCCCUUCUUCAUCUUCUUCGUAUAAACCCUAAACCCUAAAUUCUCUCUAUCGGUUAGCUAUGAACAAAACAGUCGUAAGAUGUCUUCUUUCUCGUUCACACCAUCCUUUGAUUCAUUUCUCCACCAAUUUAUCUCUUCUCCACAGAGUUUUCACCUGUAGCCGUUAUCUCACUGCUAGGUUUAUGUCCACUCCUCCGCCGGAUGACAUGUUUGGUUUCGACGAUCCUUUCUCCCCCAGUGAUUCGCGGGAAGUUGUGGAUUUGACUAAAGAGUACUCCUUUUUGCACGAUUCUCUUGUCGACUAUGGAAACGUUAAUGUUCAUCAAGUAGUGCCCAUUAUUACUCAAUCCUCUAUUGACGCUAGAGCCAUUGCAGAUGCUGUUUCUGGUGUCGACGAUGUGUUUGGGAGAAAAUCCCAGAAGUUUCUUAGGCAAUUUAGAGAGAAAUUGAGUGAGAGUUUAGUGAUUGAGGUGUUGCGUUUGAUAGCAAGACCAUCUGCUGUUAUCAGUUUCUUCGUUUGGGCAGGUAGGCAGAUAGGUUAUAAGCAUACUGCACCUGUGUAUAACGCUUUGGUUGACCUUAUUGUACGUGAUGAUGACGAAAAAGUUCCCGAAGAAUUCCUGCAACAGAUUAGAGAUGAUGAUAAGGAAGUGUUUGGCGAAUUUCUCAAUGUGUUGGUAAGGAAACAUUGCAGGAAUGGGUCAUUUAGUAUUGCGCUUGAGGAGUUAGGGAGGCUCAAGGAUUUUAGGUUCAGACCUUCAAGAUCGACUUAUAAUUGUUUGAUUCAGGCAUUUCUCAAGGCUGAUCGUUUGGACUCUGCAUCUUUGAUUCAUAGGGAAAUGUCUCUUGCAAAUCUUAGGAUGGAUGGGUUUACACUUAGAUGCUUUGCUUAUUCUCUCUGUAAAGUAGGAAAGUGGAGGGAAGCUCUAACAUUGGUGGAAACGGAAAAUUUUGUGCCUGAUACUGUGUUUUAUACAAAAUUGAUAUCUGGUCUGUGUGAAGCUUCGCUUUUUGAAGAGGCUAUGGAUUUCCUGAAUAGGAUGCGUGCUACUUCCUGCCUUCCAAAUGUUGUUACAUAUUCAACUUUGCUGUGUGGAUGCUUGAACAAAAAACAGCUGGGUAGGUGUAAAAGGGUGCUUAAUAUGAUGAUGAUGGAAGGUUGUUAUCCAAGUCCCAAGAUUUUUAAUUCUCUUGUACAUGCUUAUUGCACAUCAGGAGAUCAUUCAUAUGCAUACAAAUUGCUCAAAAAAAUGGUUAAAUGUGGUCACAUGCCAGGAUAUGUUGUCUACAAUAUAUUGAUUGGGAGUAUUUGUGGUGACAAAGACUCCCUUAAUUGUGAUCUGUUGGACUUAGCUGAGAAAGCUUAUAGUGAAAUGCUUGCUGCAGGGGUUGUUCUGAAUAAGAUUAAUGUCAGUAGCUUCACACGGUGUCUUUGUAGUGCUGGGAAAUAUGAAAAGGCAUUUAGUGUUAUCCGUGAAAUGAUUGGUCAGGGAUUUAUACCAGAUACCAGUACCUAUUCCAAAGUCCUUAAUUAUUUAUGUAAUGCUUCGAAAAUGGAGUUGGCGUUUUUGUUAUUUGAAGAAAUGAAAAGGGGUGGCCUUGUUGCUGAUGUCUACACGUAUACUAUUAUGGUAGAUAGUUUCUGUAAAGCUGGUCUAAUUGAACAGGCUCGUAAGUGGUUCAAUGAAAUGAGAGAGGUUGGUUGUACACCUAACGUCGUCACAUAUACCGCUCUUAUCCAUGCUUAUCUUAAGGCUAAGAAGGUCAGCUAUGCAAAUGAGCUGUUUGAAACGAUGCUGUCUGAAGGGUGUCUCCCUAAUAUUGUUACAUAUUCUGCCUUAAUUGAUGGCCAUUGCAAAGCUGGACAAGUGGAGAAAGCCUGCCAGAUUUUUGAAAGAAUGUGUGGCAGCAAAGAUGUCCCAGAUGUAGAUAUGUACUUCAAGCAGUAUGAUGACAACAGCGAGAGGCCAAAUGUAGUUACAUAUGGAGCUUUACUGGAUGGUUUCUGCAAGUCGCAUAGGGUCGAAGAAGCUCGUAAGUUGUUGGAUGCUAUGUCUAUGGAAGGUUGUGAACCGAAUCAGAUUGUAUAUGAUGCUCUCAUUGAUGGACUCUGUAAGGUUGGGAAACUAGACGAAGCACAAGAAGUGAAAACUGAGAUGUCUGAGCAUGGAUUCCCUGCAACCUUAUAUACUUACAGUUCUCUAAUUGAUCGUUAUUUCAAAGUCAAGCGCCAAGAUUUAGCCUCAAAAGUAUUAUCUAAGAUGCUUGAGAAUUCCUGUGCGCCCAAUGUGGUUAUAUACACUGAGAUGAUUGAUGGCUUAUGCAAGGUUGGUAAAACUGAUGAAGCUUAUAAGCUUAUGCAAAUGAUGGAAGAAAAAGGGUGUCAGCCCAAUGUUGUGACAUAUACAGCGAUGAUUGAUGGAUUUGGAAUGAUUGGUAAAAUAGAAACAUGCCUUGAGCUCUUAGAGCGAAUGGGUUCCAAAGGUGUUGCUCCAAAUUAUGUUACUUACAGGGUCUUGAUAGAUCAUUGUUGCAAAAAUGGUGCACUGGAUGUGGCCCACAAUCUUCUCGAAGAAAUGAAACAGACACAUUGGCCUACACACACAGCAGGAUAUCGCAAAGUCAUUGAAGGAUUCAAUAAAGAGUUCAUAGAGUCUCUAGGGCUUCUCGAUGAGAUAGGCCAGGAUGAUACUGCCCCUUUUCUUUCUGUAUAUAGGCUUUUGAUUGAUAAUCUUAUUAAAGCUCAAAGACUGGAAAUGGCUCUUAGGCUUCUUGAAGAGGUUGCAACAUUUUCAGCCACGUUGGUUGACUACAGUAGCACAUAUAACUCACUGAUUGAAAGCCUUUGCCUUGCUAAUAAAGUGGAAACGGCUUUUCAGUUGUUCUCAGAAAUGACAAAGAAAGGUGUCAUUCCGGAGAUGCAAUCAUUCUGUAGUCUAAUCAAGGGACUUUUCCGAAACAGCAAGAUCAGUGAAGCACUAUUGCUUCUAGAUUUCAUAUCUCAUAUGGUUUGUCCUCUCUGACUCUUUCUUCUAAGUUUGAAAACUGCAGUAGUCGUUAAUGUUUGUCAAGCUUUAUUUCUUUGCGAUGUUCACUUGAAUCUAUGUGUAUUUGACUAGAGCUAAUUAUCUAGUGGAAGAAAAGGCAUUUACCGUGGUAGUUUAUAUUGUUUAUUUGUUCUCUCCAUCAUUGUGAGCAGUGAUAAUGCAGAUUGGUACUUUUUCUGGUAUUCAUUACUUAAUUGUCUCAAUUUUGCAGGAAAUUCAGUGGAUAGAAGAAAAGAAAACAUCUGAUGGGACUUAGGCAUAUUGGUUUAUGAUGUCUAGUUCUGAUAUUCUCAGCUAGUUGGUGCAUCUGAUGUUGAGCAUCCUAGUCAAACCCUGAAAAUUCGAAGGUUGGAAGCUAUGGAUAAUGCAUGAGGCGUGUAGGAUUUUUGGACCAAAAUUCUUUGUAAGUUCAUUGGUUUUAGAUCACAUAGUCAGAAAUCAUGUCUUUUCCGGUUUUUCCUAUGAAUAUGUUUAUGUAUGCAGGUUCUGCUUUGUACAUGAUGUGUAAAAUUAUACUUGUAAUGACUCUCAACAGAGUUGAAUGGCCUCCUUUGAACACUCUAUGCAUCAGAUAUGCAGAGCUCAGCUUCUCUCUCAGAUCACAGUAUUUGCUUCUUCUGGGGUGACUCAGUUUCCCACUCUUUAGUAGUCCAAACAUUUUUAGAUGCUGUGUUUUCUGUUUAUAAGAACCUUUACUUCACUGGUCAAUUCUCAGCUAAUAUAUGAAAGAUAAAUUCAUACUUGUUUUGUAAUCGAUACAUGAUAUGUUCUUUACUGUUGCACCUUUCCAUAUUGAUGAUGAUGUUAGGGAUGUUGUAUCUUGAAAAGAACGUAUUUGCAUAGAUGAGUAGUAGUAUGCAAUCGAUGCAUGCUUUGUAUUGAAAGUUUAUUACUCUAUUGCUAAUCCAGGCAUAACGUGUUACAGUUCCUGCGGAAUGAGCUUGGAUGAACACGGACACACAGGAAAGGGACCAAGAAGAUCUCAAAGCAUUAACAAAGUAUCUCUGUCCGAAGACACAAGGUAAAAUAUGGUGACAAAACCAUCAAAAGCUUUUGUGCAAAAUGGAGGAGUUCUAUCUAACGAGAAGCUGGGUUUUUUUGCUUGAAACAGUUUGGUUGCUAUCACACUUAGCAUGACAACACACUACCUAAUGAAUGAAGAAGGCCCAAUAAGGUGUCAGAUAUGAUAUGCAUAAAGCCAGUGUUUGUGUAUAAUACGGGACAAGGGCCCUUUACUGUACAUAUAGAUUUAUUUUGGUUUACCCUACAGUCUACAGAUCAAUGUAUACUUUAUUUUGUUUUUUGUUAUUAAAUAAGAUGAGAGAUCUUCCCCUCUGUUAAUAUGUCUGGCUUGUUUUGGAUUUUAUGUUAAUGCACUGGCUUUCUGACAUUGGAACACU